AGCACAGCCUCUGCGUAGCGGUCGUGUGUUGCAUCGACCGAGCUGUUGGUGUGCGCAACAGCAACCCACGAAACCCACUACUGCCCGUGCGAAACACCGGUGCAGAACGAAGCAGCCAUGCCGUUUUUGGAGGCAGGCUAAAAUCGUCUCCCACAGAUACGACCGGAACGCGGCGCGAAAGAAGUAACAGAAAUGCUAGGCCUCGACCUACUCAUAACGACGGCCUGCUUCGCUUUAGUAGCGCUGUCGCUCUACCCGCGGUCCGUCAAGGCGCAAGUCUGGGCGAGGACGCUGACGUUUCUAGGAAGGCCGUUCGCAAGCCUCGUCAUACUCAUCGGCGGCCUGUCGCCGUCGGCGUCCGACGACGAAGUCGCGGCCGCGGCCGCGGCGAUCGCCACGACGGCCCGCGGAGAAAAAUCCUCGCUGUCGCUGAGCCUCCUCGAGAGCGCGCCGGAGGACGUCCUCUCGACCAUACUCCAAUACGCGACGGCUGCCGACCUCCUCGCGACGGGCGCCGCCGCGCCGUCCUUCGUCAAGGCGUGCCUCUGCGACGCGGCGCCCUGGACCGCGCUCCGCCGGCGCCUGCCGCUGGGCCGCGCGUCGGCCAAGCCGCCCCGUUCAAAUGAGAGGCAGCGGUUCUUCGAGGCGGCGUUAUCGGCGGGCGCGGCCUUCGCGGCGACCGACGACCGCGUGUGCAUCGGCCUCGGCGGGCGCGCGAUCGACGCUACCAGUUGGCUCUCGCAGCACCCCGGCGGCGCGGCGGUCCUGGAACACUACCGCGGCCGCAACGCGACGGCGGCGCUCAUCGCGUUUCCCCAUUCCGCGAGCGCGCGGCGGCACAUGCGCCACCUCGUCGUCUACGCGCCCGACGCGAUCGUGGGCCGGCCGGGCGCGCCGUACCUGGCCGUCGCGCGGCUGCGCGGGAAGCGGAGCGCCGCGGCGCGGCGACGGACCGCCGCGCGGUUGGAGAAGCUCCGGCUCAUGCAGCUCGGCGUGUUCUGCUUCCCGCGGCGGCGAUCGGCCGCGCCGGCGUCGUUCUAGGAGUCGAUUUUGUAACUAUGUUGUCAC